UUUUAUGUUAGAAAUAUGCCUCUUUUUGUUAAUAGGGACCGAAUGUUUGCGCACCAAGUGCAUUUGCUGGAACACAAACUGCGGAGUAAAGAGGAGCGAAUACUGGAACUGGAAACUGAAAAUGCAAUUCUCCAUUUAAGGCUCGCAGAGUGCAUUGGAAAACUGCACCAAAGUCGAGAAAAGGACAACGGUAUUCUCCAAUAUAACACACCAAGGAUAACCAGGUCGGGCCUCACCAAGCUCUUCUCUGAAGUCCAGGACUUAAAACAUGAGUUAAGUGAAAUUUUUGGAGUCUACGUGAGCUUUGCCACUGAGCUGGAGGAGCAGAGCAAGAUCCUUUUGGACAAAGUAUCAAAAGCCAACACUGCAAAUGAAGUUCAAAAUUUGCAGGCCAGAGUUUUAGCUCUUGAGCACUCUCUAGAGGAAGAGAGGGAGCAGUGCAAAGUCGAAAGGAAAAGGAGAAAGGAGCUCCAUAACACUCUAGUGGAGCUUAGAGGAAACAUUAGGGUGCAUUGUCGUGUGCGUCCCAUUCUCCCAUUCGACUAUCUCCAGCCCUCCACAUCUGGAUCAGGACAUGCACCAGUGGAGGAAGUCAUUCAAGCAGUUGGUGAUGACACAGUGAUGGUGAAUUGCAUGAAAACAGGGAUGCCAAUGCAAAACAAGAUUUUUGAAUUUGAAAGAGUACACGCACCAGAAGAUUCUCAAGAUACCGUAUUUGAGGAAGUCAAACCACUCCUCAGAUCUUUGUUGGAUGGAUAUAACGUGUGCAUCAUGGCGUACGGGCAGACUGGCAGUGGGAAGACUCACACGAUGAUAGGUGCUGAGCCUCUGGAGCUGCUCUCUGAGACUCAGCAGGAGGUGCAGCAGGGGGUCGUUCCCAAAGCAGCUUCAGAGCUGUUCCGGUUAAUUUCGCAGAAGCCGACAGAGAGUCACACGGUGGAGGUGGCAGUGAUGGAGGUCUACAACAAUGAGGUGUUUGACCUGCUGUCCCAGGACGAGAGGGGCCUUGGGGGACAGAGGCGCGAUGUUGUCACUACUUCAUCUGGAGAGACACAUGUCCCUGGACUUACAUAUGAGAAAAUCACAUACCUUUUUACACAAAUAUUGCCCGUGAACAGCGCAACAGAGGUGAUGCAUUUUGUUAACAAAGUGUUGAAGCUCAGAACCCACAGUCCGACUCGUAUCCACACGGAUUCCUCUCGCUCUCACCUCAUCAUCACUCUCAUGGUGUCAUCUAAAAGCCCUAAUGCACUGGUUUUAGCUCGUAGACUGCAGAGCGCCAAGAAGGACAUGCUCAACUCUAGCAGAAAGCAGUUUUGGAGUCCACAGUGUUGCCGUGCCAAACCACCUGAUGAGCUUCUGUUGAGCCCCGCCUCCUCCCGAUGCCCCUCCCCCUCACCAUGCCCCUCCCCUUUACGCUCACCCUCACCACGGCGCAGCAUCACCCAGGACACGUUCAGGACUAAACUUCAGCUGGUGGACCUUGCUGGGAGCGAAUGUGUUGGUAUGUCAGGCGUGUCGGGUCCGAGCUUAUGGGAGGUGUCCUGUAUAAACCGCUCUCUCUGUUCCCUGUCUGAUGUCUUGAGUGCUCUGGCAGAACACAGACCACACAUUCCCUACAGAAACAGCAAACUCACACACCUCCUUCAGGAUGCCAUAGGUGGCGAUGCUAAGCUGCUGCUGAUGCUAUGUGUGUCUCCCACUCAGCACUUUCUUACUGAGUCCCUGCAGUCUCUGGGCCUGGGGUCUCGAGCUCGUCAGGUCCAGAAGUCUGUGACGCGGAGGAAGAAUAAUACACUUCAAGUUUAGACACAUCUGUA